UAUAAAAUACAUAUACGUGCAAGUAUGGAAUAUUUCAGCGGAUUUAAUGAAAGCAUUUUUAACUUAACAUUUUAUGGUGACCUCAAUCAUACAUGGUUUCUUUUCCCACCGCCGCCGCCACCACCAACUAUGCACAGCGACAUUUUAAGAUAUUUCAAGAAAUAUGCAUACCUUAUUACAUGUAUUGUCGGAAUCUUGGGAAAUAUCAUUAUUUUCCUCAUGUAUACAAGGACAAAGUUGAAAGCGCCGUCGACAGCCAGAUACUUAGCUGCGGUCGCUGUGGCCGAUUCCGGCUUCUUACUCGUUGUAAUGUGCGUAAAUUUAGAAGAGUCUUACAGAAUUCGUGUACACACAGUGAUAGGACCGUGUCAGUUGAUCACAUUUGGUGAUCAUGCAUUCUCCUUCCUGUCAAGGUGGUACCUUACGGCUGUUAUUGUUGAGAAAUUUAUAGGAGUUAUGUGGCCACGUAAGAAAACUAAAAUGUGCACGGUUUUCCGUGCGAAAUGUGUCAUCAUUUGCCUAGCCGUUAUGGGAAUAGUGUGCUACUUAUAUACAACUUGGUUCAUUGGAGUAUACGGUGACCCACCUAUGUGUAGACUGAUUUAUAGUAACAAACAAGUGUUUGAAUCAUGGAAAGUUCUUUCAAAAGUGGAUGCAAUAAUAAAUUUUGUUAUUCCGUAUUUAACAAUAUUCAAUUGUACAUGGAUGAUUGCGUUUGGUAGUUGGGAUUUCCGCAAGCGGUCUCGAGAAUGGUAUCUGAGACAAAGGAGAGCCGCAGCACCGGAAGUAAAAGAGUUUAAGACAACACCGUUACUGAUUACAUUAGCAACAGUUACACUUAUUCUUAGCGUACCUAAUAGUGUCAUGAGAAUCUUGGCAAUUUCCGACGAUUUUGUUCCGACAAUGACAUCUAUGUUCCUAAUGAUAUUGUUUCAUUACUUUGUUGUUCUAAAUAGCGCAAUUAAAAUUUGUAUUUAUUUGCUGUCAUCAAAAACUUUCGCUCGUCAAGUUGGAAAACAAUUUUGCUCUAUAAAAGACACCUGCAAGAAAUCAAAUACAACAACUGAAUAGUAGGAGUAUUUAAAUCAAAGGUGCGCAUGUUUUUCUUCACCAACUAUAUAUAGUUUACAUUGUAGCAAUUUUUAGCACAAUUAUUAUAUACAAGUUUGACUACACGUACAUGUUAAAUUCGUUGCUCCGGCUUUUGUAAAUGUUGGUUCUGAAUCAUUAAAAUGACC